AUGGCGGUCUUCCUCCUGGUCUCGCUCAGCAGCUACAUGAGACGGAACGAGUUGAUGGGUCUCAGGCGCCGUAGUAGUAUUGCUCCUGCGGCUGGAAUCUCCCAGAUCUGGAGCCUGUUGCUCUUCCCCGUCGGAGCAGGCCAAGCGGGGCAAGACCGACGUCAGCGACGUCAUCAUCGCGAUGGAUUCGCCGCGCCUCCAGUUCUCGGGGCCCAUCUGAGGGCGUUGGCCAGCGGGCCCAGUGAGGGCGCGGUGUGGACAUUCACGUGCCCGCAGUACCUUCAGGAGUUCAAGGUCUCCCUGGUCGAGCUCGGGACCACCAAAGUCAUCGUGCCGUGCCAGACGCGGCACUCGGGCCCGUCGAUCGAUAUCGCACGUCGGUAUCGGACGGUGUCGGAGGCGCGGCGCCGGGGACAGUGGGCGAGCGUGAAGAGCGCCCAGCGGUGCGCGAAGGGAGCUCGACUGGGACAGAGUUGGGAGUUGCUUCCCGCCAGCCUGCGCCGACUGCUCGAGGCCUGCGAAGGAGCGCUCGAAGACAUACUCCUGGGCCGGCCGCAUGGCGUGGCGCUUCCCUGGCGGGGCACUUCAGAGGUCGCUGCAUCCUCGACCUCUACUCAGGCACCGGAGGUUACGCGCGGGCAGCGAUCCAGCAGGGUUGCAACACUCACGCGCACGAUCGAGCCCGUGGGCCCGAGGAGGACCUGA